AUGGCAUUCACUUUUCCGACCUCAAGUCGGAAACCAACAUCACUGGUGCGAGAUAAGGAAACCAAGAGGCACGCCUUGAUGUUGUUUAGAGAUAAAGUCUUCGAUGACGCUAAGGUGCCUGUGAUUCGUGAAAAGGUUGAUCUGUUAGCGCAAAAACUUUUGCGGAUUGAAAAUGUUUAUGACCAUCAUGGUGAUGGAGGCAAACCUUUUCCUAUGUUAUAUGUUGACACAAAAGUCAUUGAUGAGUUGAGUGUACCUUGGAAAGAUGUACUUGUUGUCAAAUUACUUGACAAAGAGCUAAGUUUCGAUAUCAUGAAAAACCAAUUGGAGACUGUAUGGAAUUUAGCAGGUAAAUUUGAUCUAAUGGAUAUCGACAAUGGUUUUUAUAUGGUCAAGUUUGAUAGAGAAGAUGGUAAAACAAAGGUGAUCAAUGGAGUCCCUUGGGAGAUAUUUGAUCAUUAUCUCUCAGUUUGUCGAUUUACCUCUGCCAUUAAUACAACAGGGUCAGGGAUAUCAGUCAUCCCCAAUACCAUGGUUUGGGUGAGAAUUUCAGGCCUACACGUUGUCUAUUAUGAUGAGAAUUUUCUGUUGGCUGUUGCAUCGGCCAUAGGAAACCCUUUCCAGGUUGAUCUCCAUGCUUUGCAGGUUGAAUUUGGAAGAUUUGCUAGAGUGUGUGUUGAAAUUGAUUUGGAUACGCCUAUGGUAAGUAAAGUUGGAAUCAAUGGAGAAUGGUAUCAAAUCUAUUACGAAGACUUGCAUAUCAAUGUCAUAUGCACAGAAUGUGCCUCUGGCUACUGCCAUGUUCACCAGGAGUGCCCUUCUCUAUACGAAGAAUAG